UCUUAUCAUGAAGUGAACACUAGACACUGUGACAGAUGUCUCCCUAUCUGGCAUUUCUCUCUCUGCUCUGCAAGAGAGUAAUAGAGGAUAUUAUCUGUUUCCCUUUGAUGGAAGAAAAAGGUUAGAAAGUCUUCGACCCACUUCUCUGCGAUUCUUUUUCUCUCUAUUGUUUCAACACUUCCUUCCGCCCCUUUCCCUCUCUCGAAGGUGCUUUUAAGGGUCACUCUUGUUUCAUCAAUAAGCCGGCAUGGAAGAACAUGGGGAGUUUCAGGACUGGGAGUUGCUGGGUGUUGUCGAAUCACCCGUUCCCCUUGAGAAUCCGAGGGAUUUCGUUGAAAUCGAAGGCGUCUCUGAAGGCGUUAUCAGGUCUGAUUAUUUUUCUAUGGAUUCGGAGAAGAGAUACGCGAGAACAGUCUCUGAACGUGAUCUCUGUGAGGAGGAUUCUGUUGAAUCUGAUAAUCCGAGCUGGGUUGAUCCUGGUUCGGAGCCGAGGUAUGGAGAUGAUGCCAAAAGAGAAUUGGGUUUCGAAGGAAUUAUACUAGCGCGUAAGAAUUCGGGGUUUUGGUCAGAUUCGAGCAGUGAACGUUCUGUUUCCCGGAAAAACGAUUUGGGUUGUGGUGAUGUGAGAGGCGAAGUGGGUUUUGAGGGAUCUGGGGAAACCAAAGGAAGUGAACCUGAACCUGAACCUGUGGAUUCGGGCGAAUUUUGGUCCGAUUCUCGUGGAGACGGAUCCUCCCCUGUGAAGGUUGAGAACGCUGAGGGGGACUCUGGUUCUGUCUCUGGUGAUUACAAGCCAGAAUUAGAAACAGAGGGGCUAAAUGGGUCAAAUUCGGGUGCGAUCUUGGAGGUUGCAGCACAGGAAGGUGAGUUUGUUGAAGGAGUGGGAACCAUCUCGGGCGAAGCGAUGGAACCAGGAGAGGAAGGGAAGAGGAAGAUUGUUUGGUGGAAGCUUCCUUUUGAGCUUCUGAAAUUCUGUGUUUUCAGGGUUAGUCCUGUUUUGUCUCUAUCUUUAGCUGCUACAAUGAUUGGUGUUGUUAUUCUAGGCUGGAGAUUGUACAAGAUGAGGAGAAGGACUCAGGCCCUUCCGCUUAAGGUCACUGUGGAUGAUAAGAAGGUGUCUCAGUUCAUGGUCCGUGCUGCACGUCUUAAUGAAGCAUUCUCAGUUGUUCGUCGUGUCCCAAUAACACUACGACCUUCACUGCCAGCAGCUGGGGUGACUCCUUGGCCUGUCAUGAGUUUGAGAUGAAACCUGUUGUGUUGUAGAUGAGGAAAAUAUAAGUUCUACAAGACAUUGUCGGUUGGUGGCUCUUCUCAAUGGGUGGUGUACCAAUAUCUUACACAGUGUUCUAUCACCCCUCUGAUUCUGGCAAACACUUCAGGUUUCUUGUUAUCAUGUCCUGGUUUUGACAAGUCUGUAUAUCUCAUAUACAAUAUGGAAUCUGUUUUUCCUUGUGCAAUGCUUAUAUGACAAUUAUAUAUUUAUGCCCCCCUCUAUGGAUAUAUGUGUAUAUAUACUGUUGCAAAAUGCAAUUAGUACUUAAGGUAAUUUUUUCA